GCUUACCAGUCUACCAUUCAAAACCAUUGCGUUAUCAGUCUUUCAUAAUUGUAUUUCCUCAUUUCUUCACUGAUUUCAAAGAAUGAAGAGAAAAUCGAUGUGCAUUGAGUGAUAGAUCUUACGGUAAUAGAGCUUUCAAGUUUCAGGUGAACUGAAUUUUAUCAAUAGCAAAUUGGUUGGUGUUAUCGGUACUGGUAGUGGUGCAAUAUGGCGACGAAUGCUACAACAUCAAGCCAAUGUCAUCCAAUGAAAGCUACAUCGAACGGGGUGUUCCAGGGUGAUAACCCUUUGGAUUUUGCACUCCCUCUCGCCAUCCUUCAGAUAUGUAUCGUGGUUGCACUCACUCGUAUUCUUGCUUUUCUUCUUAAGCCUCUACGGCAGCCUCGUGUCAUCGCCGAGAUUGUGGGUGGAAUAUUACUUGGUCCAUCAGCUCUUGGAAGAAACAAAAACUACCUGAAUACAAUCUUCCCAACUAAGAGUCUUACAGUGUUGGAUACUAUAGCCAAUCUUGGUCUCCUUUUCUUUCUAUUUCUAGUUGGCCUAGAGUUGGAUAUGAAAUCAGUUCGCCGCACCGGAAAAAAGGCUCUUUCUAUAGCAGUUGCAGGGAUUAGCCUUCCUUUUAUCCUAGGAAUAGGAACAUCAUAUGCCCUUCGUGCAACUAUCUCAAAGGGUGUCGAUGAAGCUCCGUUUCUCGUCUUCAUGGGGGUUGCUCUUUCCAUCACUGCCUUCCCUGUCUUGGCCCGUAUUUUGGCUGAACUAAAGCUUUUAACCACUGAUUUAGGCCGAAUGGCAAUGUCAGCUGCUGCAGUCAAUGAUGUGGCUGCAUGGAUUUUACUAGCUCUUGCUAUUGCCUUAUCAGCGACAGACAAAUCUCCCCUUGUAUCAUUGUGGGUUUUCUUGUCUGGCACUGGUUUUAUCGUUGGAUGUAUAUUCAUUGUCCCUCCUAUAUUCAAAUGGAUGAUUCAACGUUGCCCUGAGGGUGAACCGGUGAGCGAAUUGUACAUAUGUGCAACUUUAACAGCAGUUUUGGCAGCAGGCUUUAUUACAGAUCUUAUUGGAAUCCAUGCCUUGUUUGGUGCAUUUGUAAUUGGAGUUCUUGUCCCCAAAGAAGGUCCAUUUGCUGGUGCCCUAGUGGAGAAAGUUGAAGACCUUGUUUCCGGCCUCUUUCUUCCUCUGUAUUUUGUGUCAAGUGGAUUGAAAACAAAUAUUGCCACAAUUCAAGGGGCUCAGUCUUGGGGCCUCCUUGUUCUAGUAAUCAUUACCGCAUGUUUUGGAAAGAUAGUCGGCACCGUCUCCGUUUCCCUUCUAUGCAAGUUGCCUUUCAGUGAGGCUUUAGCCCUCGGGUUCCUUAUGAAUACAAAAGGUUUGGUGGAGCUCAUCGUUCUCAACAUCGGUAAAGACAGAAAGGUUUUGAACGAUGAAACAUUUGCAAUCAUGGUCUUGAUGGCUGUCUUUACAACUUUUUUAACUACUCCCCUUGUGAUGGCGGUAUAUAAGCCAGCUAAACGACAGGGUAAAGGAGAAUACAAACACAAGACAAUUGAAAGGAAAGAGAGUAAUUCUCAGCUUCGAAUACUGGCCUGCUUCCACAGUUAUAGAAACAUUCCCACUAUGAUUAAUCUCAUUGAGGCUUCACGUGGUACUGUGAAAAAGGAAGGACUAUGUGUUUAUGCGUUGCAUCUCAUGGAGCUCUCAGAAAGGCCAUCCGCCAUACUUAUGGUCCAUAGGGCAAGAAAGAAUGGGUUACCGUUUUGGAAUAAAGGCACACAUUCAGAUGGUGAUCAAAUUGUGGUGGUUUUCGAGACUUUUAGGCAACUAAGCCGAGUGUCGGUCCGCCCGAUGACGGCAAUCUCAUCCUUAUCUAGCUUGCAUGAGGAUAUCUGCGAAAGUGCAGAAAGAAAAAGGGCAGCCAUGAUAAUUCUCCCCUUCCAUAAGCACCAGAGGGUGGACGGAACAUUCGAGACGACUCGAACUGAUUAUCAAUUGAUCAAUAAGCGAGUUCUCGAAAACGCACCGUGCUCGGUCGGCAUCUUAGUCGACCGUGGUCUAGGUGGAAGCACGCAUAUAUCGGCAAGCAACGUUGAUUCCAUCAUAACCGUCUUGUUCUUUGGUGGAAACGAUGAUCGUGAAGCACUCGCUUACGGUGCACGUAUGGCCGAGCACCCCGGCAUCAGUCUAACCAUUGUUCGCUUCUUACCAGGCCCCGAAGUUUCGGGUGAGAUUGUCACAACUGAUAUAAACACAAGCGACGAACAAUAUCUGAUGGAAUUCAAGAACAAGAUCUCAAAUGACAAGUCAAUAAAUUUCGAAGAAAGAGUGGUAAGAAAUUCCACGGAAACCAUUGAAGCAAUUGGAGAAUUCAACCGAUGCAACCUAUUCGUGGUGGGCCAAAUGCCUGAAACGCAUGUGAUUGCCAAAUUGAACGCAAAGAGCGAAUGCCCUGACUUAGGGCCAAUAGGCAGCCUAUUGACUUCCCCAGAAUUCUCAACAACGGCAUCUGUUUUGGUGGUGCAACAAUAUAAAAUCGCAAAGAAAUCGCCUCGUCCGUCAAUAUCUUCUACAAAGGUUGCAGUUGCAGCGAUUUCCGACGAAGAUCUAGAAAAUGCUUGAUCGAUGAAAAACGUUUUCUCUGCCUUGUUAAUAACGUACGAUGUACAGUAUGGUGACGAAGAUAAACAAUCAUGAUCUUGAUAAUUAAAUGGAACAAUAAAUUGGCUUUUACAUUAUCAUGGGAUUACAAACCAUGCUAAUAGCUUUCGUCGAAUAUACAUCCUGUUAGCAUGUUGCUAGCUUUUCAUAUUACAA